AACAUGUUUUAGUAAAGAAAAGUAAAUUUUUUCCGAAGACAAACCCUCUGAUAAAGCACAGAUGCUUGGAAGCGUAACUAAAAUACUUAAGUAUUAUACACACCUGGACUUACGUCAACGUCUGUCAUGUGACGUAAGCGCGCCUUUACUGGAGCGCGCGCGCGAUCGUUGAAGACUGACAGGAUUUGAGCUCCCCGCGUAAUUUGAGCAUUCUACCCUACGGCCAAUCAGAAGAGACUCCCAUAAUCCCUCACGCUCCUGCAGAAAUGAGCUGAGGAGGGAGGCAAGACAGGAAGAAGAAUGGGAGACAGACAGAAAGAGAGAGAGAGACAGAGAGAGAGAUGAAAGAGCUUUUUCUUAGAGAGCGUGAGAUGGGUGACGGUCAGACACUGGUAGGAACCAACAUCCAUUCGUUCUCCAAACCUCCUCGUCUUCUGCAGGGUUGUGGCAGAGACGGACAGUCGCACAAAAUUAUAGCACAAGACCUCCAUGCUGACUAAAACCACAAGUUAGAUUGUUGAACUUUGAUCAUGGAUAACGUCUCUGCUUUGAAUCUGAACACAAGCAUUUCUGGGUGGCAUCCUCCGCUGUGGUACCAUUUUGACGAGUGUGCUGUAACCCCUUACGGGUUUAUCUUCUACUUCUCUGUCAAAGUAUUUAACCUGAUUUUAGGAUUCCCGGGCAACGUCCUUGUGAUGUGGCAGAUUUUGACAAAGAAAAGUGAAGGCUCAACAUCCAACAUCUUCUUUUUUAACCUGUCCAUGCUAGAUGCAUAUUUCUGCCUCAUGACGUCUCUAGACUUAAUUAACCGUCUUUACCUGGAUGAUCAAAUCAUCUGGUACUUUCAACGAUUUGCUUACGGCCUGAAAGACAUGGCUCCCUUAUUCCUCACCUGUAUUUGCCUUGACAGGUACAUUGCGGUGGUCCAUCCCAUCGUAUUCACAGGGAUUCGAGACAAUCGUAUCCGAAUGGGUGUCUCUGUGGUGGUGUGGGGACUCAUCCUAACAUAUGCGUUGACCAAGUGCAUCCUGGGUGUCUUGAGUGUGAACGAAGUGUUCAGUGGAGUCAUUCUCUUUGCAUUCUUCCUCAUGGUCUUCUGUAACUUGUCCAUCAUCUGGGUUCUCAGGAAGAGCGUCGCCGGGAAAGAAGUCAUGAAUCCCAUCAAAAAGAAGGCCUUCAAAAUGGUGAUUAUAGUUCUCGGCAUCAUCGUGGUGAACUAUCUUCCUCCAGUGGCUCUAAUGCCAUUUGCGUCAACCUACUCAUUUGUGGACUUUCGCUGUAAGAUCAGCGUCGCAGUGUUCGGCAUCAUGGACCUGAGCUGUACAGUUGAGCCUCUCCUCUAUGUCUCUAAGAUGAAGCGAUCUGUGCUGUGUUGCUGCCUAGAGAGUCGUUCGAAGAAACCCGUCAACGUUAGCGUCUGAAACUUUUCAACUGUCUGCGCAUCUUCUCAUACGGUGUGUCCCCACUAAAUUAUAUUCUAAAUUUUUUUUGUUUGUCACUUGGUAGAUGCCAAAAAUCAUGCAUUCGUUAUUUUGCCAACUGCUAAAGAUUUAGUUAAUAAAUAUGAUUCACUUGAUGUCUUGUGUACAGUCUGUGUAGUGAUGCAAACCAGCUGAUAAUAGCUGAUGUUAUUUACUGCUAUUGUUAACAAGCUUUUGAACUGUGUUUUCUGAGUGUCGUGUUUCUGUAGACAUCACCUGUUCACUUGAUUUUUAAUUGUUAAUAUCUCUGUCUGAUUGAUAAAUAGACUCUGAGAAUAUAAAGAAACUGAAACAUGCAAUGAUACUAAAGAGUUUAUUUUUUGCUGUCAGAUAAUCUCGUUCAUUUACUUCUCACAGAUUAGAUUACAGGUGCAUAAUUAAGAACAUUACCAGUCACUAAUGAAGAUGUUAAUUGAAAUGCCUGUGGAAAUAAUAAAUAAUGAGCCAAAGUGACACAGAU